GAUCCUCCAGCUGUUCACUGUCAAGUUGUCAAGUUUUUAGAAAUGUAAAUACUGCUGAUGAGUGAUGAUGAAAGUUUGAACUAGUUUGAAGUUUAAACUGCAAAUUCCGAGGAAAAAUCGAUAAAUCUGAAUGAAUAUUAGUGCUGUUAUAAAAUGUUUACUUAUUUCAAUGUAUGUGCAGUGUGGUGCAAAUUCAAAAUAAUAAAGCGAAAAUGUGGAUUACUUGGAGUCGGUUUCUGAUUAUAUAGAACAAAAGCAGAGUCCUGGUCAGCCAUGCUCAUCAAGGAAUACCGUAUUCCUCUACCCCUCACGGUGGAAGAAUACCGGAUAGCUCAGCUAUACAUGAUAGCGAAAAAAAGUCGAGAGGAGAGCAGUGGGGCAGGUAGCGGUGUUGAAAUUUUGAUCAACGAACCCUACAAUGAUGGGCCUGGCGGACAUGGACAAUAUACCAGGAAAAUUUACCAUGUAGGAAGUCAUUUACCAGGAUGGAUAAAGGGUAUUCUCCCUAAAACAGCCCUGAUGGUAGAGGAGGAAGCUUGGAAUGCUUACCCCUAUACGAAAACGAGGUACACGUGUCCAUUUGUGGAAAAAUUUUCCUUGGAAAUCGAAACAUACUACUACCCGGACAACGGUCAUCAGGAAAAUGUUUUCAAACUAUCAGGAAGCGAACUUCGACAUAGAAUCGUAGAUCUGAUCGACGUGGUGAAAGACCAACUCUAUGGCGCCGACUACGUUAGAGAGGAGGACCCGCAGUACUUCGUGUCUGAGAAAUCCGGCAGGGGGCCACUGGGCCCCGGCUGGCUGGAGGAGUACUGGGCAGCGGUGCGCGGCAGGGAGCAGCCGCUGCCCGACGGCAGGGCGUUGAUGUGCGCGUACAAGCUGUGCAAGGUGGAGUUCCGAUACUGGGGCAUGCAGACCAAGAUCGAGCGGUUCAUCCACGACACAGCUCUAAGGAAGACGAUGGUAAGGGCCCAUAGACAAGCAUGGGCUUGGCAGGACGAAUGGCAUGGAUUGACGAUGGAGGACAUCAGAGAAAUAGAGAAACAAACCCAGAUGGCGCUGAAAAGAAAAAUGGGACACAUAGAAGAUGAAAUAGACGAAGACGACAAUUUGAAUAACAGUACUUCCAAGGAGGAUCCUUGCAAAACGUUGGCUGCCACCUUGGGUAGCAUAGAAGUAGCAGAGGAUAGCCCUCUGCUUUGUAAAAACUCGAACAUUCCUACCAUUCGAACUGCUGCUAGUUCGGACGCUGAUCUUUCUCCCGAAGAAGAAAUGUUAACUGUCAAGAGGGAUGAUAAAUGGCAACAGCCAAGAACUUUACAUUCUCCAAGUUCAUCUUCGAUCAAAAGUUUCGACCUUCAAGUUGCCAAUUGGAGAAUAGAAAGUUUAGGAAGAGAUUCUGAGACUUCCGAUGAAGAAUUCUUCGAUUGUGAAGAUAGGAUGGAAUCAUCAACUUUGUCCAAAUGGAGUUCAAUGGACCUUUUGACAGAAGAAGAUGCAGAAACUACCUCACCCACAGUGGUUGUAGAUAAAAAUGAUGACAGUAUUUUUUCACAUUCAUUCCUUCAGCGGGUGGCCAGCGAGAGAGGAAACAGAAGACUUAAGCAAAAAGACAAGUUGAAUUCCUUGGAGACUUCUUGCCCCGAAUCUCCUUCCGCUUCUCCGGCCCACCAACCUUGUAACACUACAGUAUUGAUAUUCGUCCUGCACGCCGGUAGUGUAUUGGAUGCCAAUGUGGACAUGGCUGCAAAAAAGUCCGAUGUAACAACAUUUCGUGGUGCUUUCGAAUCAGUCAUGCGUCAACAUUACCCUUCCUUGAUAGGCCAUAUUGCCAUUAAGUUAGUGUCUUGUCCCUCUAUCUGCACGGAAGGCUUAGGUAUACUAUCCAGUCUCAGCCCUUACAGUUUCGAUGUUUCGCCCUCUUGUACGGACGUUCCUCAGAUAACUCACGAUUCCAUUCCGAUUGGAGCCAUGCCGAUUCUGGCCUCGUCCACUUCCGAUUACAAUGAAGCCGUGUCACGGACAAUCACUGCAGCCAAUGCAGCAUACCAAGAGUUCGUUAAGUCUGAAGAAGGCCUAGGUUUCUCUGGCCAAGUUUGUUUCGUAGCCGAUUCCAUGGGCUCAAUAUUAGCUUAUGACUCUCUGUGUAGAACCUUGAAAUAUGCUUCAAGGCGUGGAAGUGAAAACAGCAUAUUGGACAAUGAUGGACUGAAAGAUGAUAUACAGAUAAACGAAUCGGGAUAUCUAGCAGCUCCUUCGCCUAGAAGAAGAUCUUCGUCAACAAGUGACCAGUCAGGUCAAAUAAAAUUGGAGUUCGAUGUGUCGGACUUCUUUAUGUUCGGAAGUCCACUGGCUCUCGUUCUCGCAUACAGAAAAAUUUCAUCGCAGGAUGAUCGAUAUAACAUAACCCGUCCAGCUUGUCAUCAAGUAUACAAUAUGUUCCAUCCAACUGAUCCUGUAGCUGCCAGGUUGGAGCCUCUUUUGUCGGCGAGGUUUUCCAUCCUUCCGCCUGUCAAUGUUUCGAGAUAUGCCAAAUAUCCGCUCGGAAAUGGUCAGCCGUACCAUCUACUCGAAAUUCUCCAAUCUAGCCCUCAAAUGUUUAGCGAUUCGUUGCCACAUAGACGUUUGUCAGAGGUCUCGAUACAGAGUACGGUAUCCGGACUGAUAGACAAUAUUCCCCUUCAAGCUAUUAAUGCUUUGCAGCAAAAAUGGUGGGGCGGCAAACGGAUGGACUACGCGAUGUACUGCCCCGAAGGCAUCUCGAACUUCCCCACCAACGCGCUGCCGCAUCUCUUCCACGCCAGCUACUGGGAGAGCAGCGACGUGAUAGCGUUCCUGCUGCGCCAGAUCGGCGGCAUCGAGGUCACAGCUUUUCCUGGCGAUCUGGAUAGGGAGCAGGUGUUCCUAUCGGGGGAGCCCAGAGAGAAGUGGAUGAGGAAGAGGACGUCGGUCAAACUCAAGAACGUCGCCGCGAACCACACGGCUAAUGACGUCAUCGUGUUAGACGGCGCGCCACAGACCGUCACCGCACGAUUCAUAUACGGUCCGCUGAUGUACGUGUUGACCUUGAACGGAGAAAAGGUCGACGUCUACGUGAUGAAGGACGCUCCGCAAGGGGAAUGGACGCACCUGGCUACGGAGGUCACCGACAAGACGGGAAGAGUCAUAUACACCAUACCUGAAGAUAAGUCACUCGGAUAUGGCUUGUACCCGAUAAAGAUGGUGGUGAGAGGAGAUCACACCUCAGUGGAUUUCCAUUUGGCGGUGGUGCCACCUAAAACCGAGUGUGUGGUAUUCAGCAUCGAUGGAUCUUUCACCGCCAGCGUGUCGGUGACUGGUAGAGAUCCAAAAGUUAGAGCUGGAGCUGUGGAUGUCGUUCGCCACUGGCAGGAGUUGGGAUACCUCCUCAUCUACAUAACCGGCAGGCCGGACAUGCAGCGUAGGAGCAUAGUUUCUUGGCUGUCCCAACACAAUUUCCCCCAAGGUCUGACCUCGUUCGCUGACGGUCUGUCGAGGGAUCCUCUCGGCCAUAAGGCAGCCUAUCUGAACAACCUGAUCGAGAAUCACGGCGUGGUCAUCCAUUCGGCGUACGGCAGCGCCAAAGACAUCACCGUCUACUCGUCCGUGGGCCUCAAGGCCAAUCAGAUCUUCAUCAUCGGCAAAACGACGAGGAAGCAGCAAUCGCAAGCGACGAUACUGGCCGACGGCUAUGCCGCCCACUUGGCGGCGUUGAAAGCGCCGGGCGGGUCUAGGCCCGCCCAGGGCAACGCACGUAUGGUGCUGCCCAGGGGGUGCUUCGAGCUGCCCGGGCAGACUUUCUCGAGGAGGAGGAGGAAUUUCAGGAUGAUUUUGGCGCCCAGGGAAGCGGCAGAACUCAUUUCUUCACGAUCCAAACAUAUUCAGAUAAUAGAAGAAGGUAUCAUAAAACUAGGAGACAUUCUAGCAGAACAAAUCACUUCGGGAAAACUGUCACCUGAGAACUUCAGCCAAACUGAUGUGCAUCCACAAUGUACCGAUCCGGAUGCUGUGGAAUGGAUUUUCGUCGUGGACACUCUGAAUUUUUGCUUUUGGAAAUAUGAAAACCAAGAUGGUUGGGAAGUCGAAGGAUAUACAGGGUAUUUUGCAUUGUGCGCUGCUAUAAAUCGGGCCAUAAAUGAAAAGGUAAAUAUCCUGGACCCCCUCUUUUAUUCUGUGAUAACAGAAGCCCAACUGAAGAACAUUUUAAGGAGUGACACCAAAGUAGAAGCGCCUCUUCUCAAGGAAAGAAUGAAAUGCUUGCACGAGGUUGGGAAUGUUCUGCUGGAAAAGUUCGAUGGCUCCUUCAAGAAUGUAGUCAAACAAUCCCAAAACAGUGCCGUUAAAUUGCUGAAGCUGAUAGUAGAAAACUUUCCUUGCUUCAGAGAUGAGGCAGAGUUCGAUGGAACGAGAGUUGGGCUGUAUAAAAGGGCGCAGAUACUAGUGGGCGAUAUCUGGGCCUGCUUUAAAAACCAGGAUAUCGGUCAUUUUGAGGAUAUCGAAGAAAUAACCGCGUUUGCUGACUAUAGGGUACCUCAAACUCUCCUUUGGUUUGGGGUUUUUCAAUACAGCGACGAAUUACUAGGAAAACUGAGGAGUAAUACAGUGUUGAAGAAUGGCGAGAUAGAUGAGGUUGAAAUAAGGGGAUGCACGAUACAAGCGGCAGAACUUUUGAAAAAAUAUGUCGUGAAGAAACUGAGAUCUGGUAAAAUCAACUCAAUUCUUGUCGACCAUUUUCUCUGGGAUUUCAGGAGGAAACAUGCUAAAGAAAUUUUGGAGAAAGGGUUACCAUUCCAUAAAGUAUUCAGCAUAUACUAUUAAUAUAUACUAGAAUUAUUAAUGUUCUAAUUUCUCUAUUGUAAGGUUUGUUCAUUUUUACAGUUUUUUAUCAUUCUACUAGAAUAUUUCUUAGAAUAUGGUUGAAAAAAGGUUCAGGUUGAGUACUUUUUUAUAAUAUACAUAACAGGCUAUAUUUUUUAUGAUGCACUGCAAUGGGUUGUCUAUUUUGGAAGCCAAUAGCAAAUCAGAACAAAUUUGUCAGAAAUAAAAACAUUUUGAGCCACUGGGUUAGACAACUUUCUAUACAGGGUGACCCACGGUCGAUGGUACCUUAGACGUAUACGGAAAACUGUACAUUGGAUUAUCCUGAAAAUUUGGUUACUCUAAUAAGCGUUUGUGAUCUAACGUUGCCACUUUUACCAAAAAGUAGCAUCAUCUUUGUUAUUUCAAAUGAAACACCCUGUAUUUCAUUGCGUUUUUAGAUUCUUCUCGAAGAGCUGAUUUCAUCAAUGUAUCACACUUGGGGUCUAGCAGGAAUUAUUACAGAGAUAUAGGGUGUUCAAAAUCGAGAUUUUUCAAUUUCAGGAAUUUUUUGUGUCGAAACUAUUCAUUAUCGAUCAAAACGGCUCACAUGUCCCUAUCUUAACUUUUGAUUCACUAUCUACUGACAUUUAAUUGGAACAGAUACAGGGUGAUCAAAAUUCUGAAUCUUGGACUAUCCUGUAUUUUUUCCAAUUAAAUGUUGGUAGAUAGUUAAUCAAAAGUUAAUAUAGGGACAUGUAAGCCGUUUUGACCAAUGAUGGAUAGUUUCGACACAAAAAAAUCCUAAAGUUGAAAAAUCUCGAUUUUGAACACCCUAUAUCUCUGUAAUAAUUCCUUCUAGACCCCAAGUGUGAUACAUCGAUGAAAUCAGCUCUUCGAGAAGAAUCUAAAAACGCAAUAAAAUACAGGGUGUUCCAUUUGAAAUAACAAAGAUGAUGCUACUUUUUGGUAAAAGUGGCAACGCUGCUUCGCUGAAAAUAUUUUGAAUCGU